AUGAACGUGCGUGCGCUUGCCUCUAGAGGUGCCUUGCGUAAGCCAGGGGCGUUUGGGCUGCCUGCUGCGAGCCUGGCUACAGUGCAAGAGCCGCGAAGCGGUUUGCAUGCGAGCCCGGCAUUGCCCAGGCCGGGCUCGGCAAAGCCAAUGAAGCUCUACUGGAAGCUUGCAAAGGGCAAGCUCACGCUUUGGGUUUCGCUGUCAGCCAUGCCCGGGUACUUCCUGGCGCUGCCUGGUGCGGUGGAGCCCUGCCUGGCCGCGGCCCUGUUUGCUGGGACAUUCUUGACCUCCUCGUCGGCGCAAACCAUGAAUCAAAUGAUCGAGGUGAAGCGCGACGCGGUGAUGAAGAGAACGGCCCUGCGGCCGCUUCCGUCAGGGCAGCUGAGCCGCAGCGAGGCGGCACGCUUCGCCGCUGGGUCCGGGCUGCUUGGACUUGGCAUCCUAGCCGUGGGCACCACUCCUGCCACAGCCGCGGUGGCAGCGACCACCAUGGUCACUUAUGCUGCGAUCUACACGCCAAUGAAGGUUCGCAGUCCCUACAACACCCACAUUGGAGCCAUCAGCGGGUCCCUGCCGACCCUCAUGGGCUUCACGGCAGCUUUGGGCACUGGUCUGGCGGUCUCGCCGUGGCUGCCCAAUGCCAUGUGGAUAUUCGCGCUUCAGUCAUUAUGGCAGAUGCCGCACUUCUAUGCGCUUGCCUGGCUGCAUCGAGCUGACUACAUCCAGGGCGGGUACAACAUGUUCCCCCUCACAGACACGACAGGUGCAGAGACGGCUGCAAUGUCAAAGCCAUACCUUGCGGCGCUGUGUGCCUUGCCCUGGGCCAUGUCGGCUUGCGGCGCCGCGUCGUGGAUGCUGCCGGUCGGGGCGGCUCUUCCGAGCGCGGUUUGGUGCCAUACCCUGCGUGUCUUUGAGAGGAGCCCCAGCGCUGCAAGCUGCCGUCGUUUUUUUCUCGGCUCCUUGUCUUACCUGAUAUCGUUGCUUGCACUCUUCACCGCCUGCGCGCGUGGUGAACAAGAGGCCACCCAGUCUCAGAAUGAGGAUUCACGUGAGAUCCUGGAGCCAGCUUGGAGGGCCAAGAUGAGAGAACAUCUUCUGGAUGCCUGUCCGCACGAACUGGUGAGUCGGGAGCUGCUGCGCACCGCGAAGCAGACUGGAGGCUGUCCCAUUUCGAGAUCGUUCUAG